AAAAAUAAAAAAACACGGAGAAUUGAUCCGCGAAAAAAAAAAAAGAGAAGAAAGAAAGUCUGUAAGACUAUUUUUCCAGCAACAAUUUACAUUCUUCGAAUUCGAGGAGCAAAAGAGGAAAAUUUCCGGCAAAUUUAAUAUUUAUCGACGAGCCGUAAACUUGAUCGUCGAAAAUUUUGAAGUACAAUGCAGGAAGCUGUUGUUCGUGCUGAAGAAUCUAAGAAAUCGGUAGAGGCGAUGAUGUCUCUUCGUCAAAGUAAUUUGAAGCCUGAAAGGCCUGAUCCCGCUUUCUUGAGGACGCUGGAUUCUAGCAUAAAACGCAACACUGCGGUUAUUAAAAAGCUUAAACAGAUAAGUGAAGAUCAAAGAGAAGGUUUGAUAGAUGAGUUGCGAGGUGUCAACCUAAGUAAGUUUGUGACUGAGGCAGUGGCAGCUAUAUGUGAUGCCAAGCUGAAGACUUCUGAUAUACAGGCUGCUGUCCAGAUUUGCUCCUUGCUUCACCAAAGAUACCCAGAUUUUUCAUCAAGCCUGAGCCAGGGUUUAUCAAAAGUGUUCAUUCCCGGGAAAGCAACAGAAGACUUAGAGACAGAUAGAAACUUAAAGGCGAUGAAGAAGCGUAGCUCUUUAAAGCUCCUUCUGGAAUUGUACUUUGCUGGCGUCAUAGAAGACAGCAGCAUCUUUGUUAACAUCAUCAAAGAUCUUACUAGUCUGGAACACCUAAAGGACCGAGAUGCUACUCAGACUAAUCUUUCACUGCUUGCUACAUUUGCUCGGCAAGGAAGAGUGUUCACGGGGCUUCCACUAUCUGGAUCAGAAGCUAAUGACGAGUUCUUCAAGGGCCUUAAUGUUACUGCUGAACAGAAGAAAAUCUUCAAGAAGGCAUUUCAUGUGUAUUAUGAUGCUGUUGCUGAAGUUCUGCAUACUGAGCAUACUUCUCUUCGGCAGAUGGAACAUGAGAAUGCAAAGAUAUUGAACGCUAAAGGGGAACUAAGUGAUGAUAAUGCAACUUUAUAUGAGAAGUUGCGGAAAUCUUAUGACCAUUUGUACCGGGGUGUCUCAUCUUUAGCUGAAGCCCUUGAUAUGCAACCCCCAGUGAUGCCGGAGGAUGGUCAUACGACAAGGGUAACUAGUGGGGAUGAUUCUGCUUCUUCUGCGGCUGGAAAGGAUUCUUCUGCUGUUGAAGCAGUGUGGGACGACGAAGAUACAAGAACUUUUUACGAGUGUUUGCCUGAUCUUAGAGCAUUUGUUCCUGCAGUUUUAUUGGGUGAAGCUGAUUCCAAGACCAGUGAGCAACAUGCAAAGAUGCCAGACCAAUCACCUGAUGCUGCCACAGAACUUGAUCAGUUAAACUUAGCUACUGAAGAUACUGUUGAGUCCUCUGCAGACUCUGGAGCUUUGCCGGAUGGAAAAGUGACUGAGAAGGGGAAGGAAAAAGAAGGAAAAGGAAAAGAUAAAGAGGAGAAAGAAAAGAAUAAAGAAGUUGACAAAGAAAGAGGGAAAGAAAAAGAUGCAGACAAGAAAGGAGAUAAAGACAAGGAAAAACAUAAAGGUCCUGAUGGUACAAAUUUGGAGACUUUGUUACAGAGGCUUCCAGGUUCCGUCAGUCGUGACCUUAUUGAUCAGUUAACUGUGGAAUUUUGCUAUUUGAACUCGAAGACUAAUCGGAAAAAGCUCGUGAAGGCAUUAUUUAAUGUCCCCAGAACUUCCCUAGAGUUGCUUCCAUAUUAUUCUCGCAUGGUUGCCACAUUGUCUACUUGUAUGAAGGAUAUCUCGUCAAUGCUCCUUCAGAUGUUGGAGGAGGAGUUCAAUUUCUUGAUAAACAAGAAGGAUCAAAUGAACAUUGAAACAAAGAUCAGGAAUAUCAGAUUCAUUGGGGAACUUUGUAAAUUUAAGAUUGCACCUGCUGGCCUUGCUUUUAGCUGCUUAAAGGCUUGUUUAGAUGAAUUCACCCAUCAUAACAUUGAUGUGGCUUGCAAUCUUCUGGAGACAUGUGGGCGGUUCUUAUAUCGUUCUCCUGAAACCACAAUACGCAUGGCUAACAUGUUGGAGAUACUUAUGCGGCUGAAAAAUGUGAAGAAUUUGGAUCCUCGUCAUAGCACUCUUGUUGAAAAUGCAUAUUAUUUAUGCAAACCCCCGGAAAGACCUGCCCGAAUAACUAAAAUUCGCCCUCCUAUGCAUCAGUAUAUUAGAAAAUUGCUGUUCUCAGAUCUCGACAAGUCCUCGAUUGAGCUGGUUCUUAGACAACUUCGGAAAUUGCCAUGGAGUGAAUGCGAACCAUAUCUAUUGAAAUGCUUUUUGAAGGUUCAUCGUGGAAAAUAUGGGCAAAUUCAUCUUAUUGCAUCACUGACUGCUGGACUCAGUCGCUACCAUGAUGAUUUUGCUGUUGCUGUUGUUGAUGAGGUUUUGGAGGAAAUCAGAUUGGGACUAGAGUUGAAUGACUACACCAUGCAGCAACGACGCCUUGCACACAUGCGUUUCUUAGGGGAGCUAUAUAACUACGAACAUGUGGACUCAUCUGUUAUCUUUGAGACACUAUACUUGAUUCUUGUUUUUGGCCAUGGUACAGCUGAGCAAGAUUCCCUGGAUCCUCCGGAAGAUUGUUACCGCAUCAGGAUGGUAAUAACUCUUCUAGAGACCUGUGGGCACUACUUUGAUCGAGGCUCGUCCCGAAGGAAACUUGAUCGUUUUUUGAUACAUUUCCAGAGGUAUACACUAAGCAAGGGUGUACUACCACUUGAUAUUGAGUUUGACUUACAGGAUAUAUUUGCUGAUCUGCGACCCAAUAUGUCGCGAUAUAGCUCAAUUGAGGAAGUGAAUGCUGCCCUUGCGGAACUGGAGGAGCAUGAAGGCAAGGUAAGUGGUGAAAGGCAUCCUGAAAUUGAGAAGCGCUCAAACAAUAUCAGUCGAAGCAAUCUUGGUAAUGGUCAACGUCUUGCAAAUGGUGUUGAUGAAAAUGGUGGUGCGCAUGAGGAUACAACACGGGAUAGUGAAUCAGACUCGGGGAGUGGCUCAAUUGGUGAUGGGGGUCAUGAUGAUGAUGAUGAUAUGGAUGACGAGAAUCAUGACCCAGGGAGUGAGAGUGAGGAUGAUGAUGAUGAUGAGGUGGGACCUGCUUCUGAUGAAGAUGGUGAAUUUCGCGCCAGAAAGAAGGCAUCUGCUCUGGAUCCUAUGGAAGAAGCUGAAUUUGACCGGGAAUUUAAGGCACUUAUGCAGGAGAGCUUGGAUUCCCGUAAAUUGGAGCUGCGGUCCCGCCCAACACUUGAUAUGAUGAUACCAAUGAGCAUCUUGGAGGGUUCUUCCAAGGACCAUCAUGGAAGAGGGCUUGAAGGGGAAAGUGGUGAGGAAACAUUGGAUGAAGAGAAUGGAGGAAACCGGGAGGUCCGUGUAAAAGUUCUUGUGAAGCGUGGGCACAAACAACAGACAAAGCAAAUGUUCAUUCCUCAAGAUUGCUCUCUCGUUCGGAGCACGAAGCAGAAAGAAGCUGCUGAGCUUGAGGAGAAACAGGACAUAAAGCGAUUGGUUUUGGAGUACAAUGACAGAGAAGAAGAAGAGCUUAGUGGGGUCGGUAACCAAAUAAUGGGUUGGACACAAUCAGGAAUAGGCCGAAUACCUAGUCGCGGUAGCGCUUGGGAUGGAAGUGGUGGGAGAGGUUCUGGCGCACGUCAUCGGUACCACCAUCAUCCAGGUGGUGGGCACUAUUAUAGUAGAAGAAGAUGAGAAACAAUGAAUGAAGCUCAGACUUGGAUACAAUACAGGUAUUCUUAAAGACUUCAUCAUAGAUACGUGAUACUGGAGUCCCAGGGUCAGCACAUUACAGUGGAAGCUUGCACUUCAGAUGAUUCAUGGCAUAUUUUCUGUAGAUGCCGCAAAAAGAAUACAGGAUUGAGGAACAUGGAUUCGAAUUAUAGUGGAAGUCAUCGACAAGCAUAAUAUAUGGUACAAAUGGGCAUGUGAUUGAAGAUAGUGUAUGUGUGAUAAGCUUGAGGGGCUUUCAUGUAAUGUCUGACAGUCUGAGGCGCAGAAAUCGCAUCCUGACAAGAAGCCAUGUGUUGAGGUUGAAACUAACGUAUAUUCGUCUAUACAAGAAUUACUGCCAAUGUAAAUAGUUGGUGUCGCUUUUAAAUAUGUGCAUGAGUUACCUUUCAUGAGUUUUGUGGGGCAACGAGUAGCAUGGUUCUUAAGUCCUCAAAUAUUGGUAUUGAUAAUACUGAUCACGGUAAUGCUAAUCGAGGAAACUUCCUUUUGUUCUCUCGAGCUUUAGUGAACACUAAAGGGAGUAAUGACUAAUGAGUAGGAGAUCAGAGCUUUGGAAAAUGGAUGGAGUAUUAUUGGAGUAUGUGUGUAAAUUGGUUCGGCUGUAUCAAAUGUUUGUUACGAACUCAAUUUGGAUUGAUACUAUUGGGUUCUAUCCAAGUUCUUUCUCAGUUAGUCAAAUAUGUAUGUUUUCUUCUUUUAAUAGUACAUUAAUAUAAAAGGUCAUGAGGACCAUUUUGGCA